AGCAACACCAUUAGUGUCUGCCACGGACUCAGUCAGUAUAGACGUAUUCUGUGCUCCUUCCACGCGGCAAUUUCCUUGGCUCAGUCUCCGAGACGUGACCAGUGAAAGUUGUGACACACGGAAACUAACUAACAGCCCCUAAGGAACUAGCAGAGAUGUCGGUGAUUGUCAGAUUAUUGGCUCUGCUUUCAUUGACUACGCUGGCUAUGCCUGCUGAGUUUGUCUCACAUCUUCGGAAGUGCCGCGUGGAUAACAAGGUGGAGUUGGACUCCUGUUUGAUGCAGUCUUUGGAGGACCUGCGACCCACCUUCAGGACAGGAAUCCCUGAGCUGUCAUUGCAGCCCCUGGAGCCCAUGAGCAUCAACAGCAUCGUGUUCAGGCGAGGGGAGGGCGCUGUGGCUGUGGAGUCCACCUUCACUAACGUAGAAGUCACAGGACUCUCAAACUUCUCCACCAAAUUCAUUGAUGCCAACCCAACCACAGAACAGCUAACGGUGGGACUGUACGUGCCGCAGCUGCACAUCACUGGCCAGUACAUCAUCAACGGACAGAUCUUCUUCCUUCCCGUAUCUGGCUCAGGACCCUUCUGGGCUGAUUUUAAGGGUGUUGACGCAACAGGCGACAGCCAGCUGAGGGUUACAAGAAAUGCUGAUGGUGUGGAUCGUCUUAAGGUGACCAAUAUGAAUAUUGAUUUCACUAUCCGUGAUCUUAAACUGCACCUUGACAACCUCUUCAACGGAGACCCAAUCCUUGCCCAAACGAUGAACCUCUUCCUGAACGACAACGGCCAGGAGAUCCUUCAAGACAUUAAACCGGAGGUGACGAGACAGUUAAACGAGUUGGUUCAGAAGGUGAUGGACGAUGCUCUGUCUCAGCUUCCCGUCACCGCCAUCCUCCAAUCUAAAUGAGUCUCCCAACCCGGUGCACCUUAAAUUCUACCUGCAAGAUCAUACCAAAAUUGGAAUGGAUCCCAAACCUGUUUUCCUAGGAGAAAAAACCUGAGUGUAUCAGUGAAAUUAAGAUUUUUCACAUUAAAAUUAUCGUUAUGUGAAUCACAAAGCAUAAUCGUGUUUACCUAGGUAUUUCUUCUUUUUCUUGCUUUUGUAAAACGUAAAUUUUGGUUACUUUAAAGUGACCUAAACUUAAGAUCAGAACAUGACAAAUCAGCCUUGUAACAAAGUGCCGACGUCCAUUUUUCAACGGUCUAAGAAUAAUUUAUAAACACGUUUGCUUUAGGAAGACAUGUUUGGAUCCUAGUAAAGCUCUCUGGUUAUGUUGAGGGAUCCUGGACAUGAAGCUGUGUACAUUGUAUUGUGUAAAGUGCGUCUAUUGUAUUACAUGCAAUGUACAGCAUACAGAUAAAUUGCAUUGUAUUGUGUAAAUUGCGUCAUUGUAUUACGUAAAUUACAUACAUUCUAUUGUGUAAAUUGUAUACAUCGUUUGUGUAAAUUGCUUAUAUUGUAUUAAUUGCAUAAAUUGUAUCGUGUAAAAUGCUGCAUUUUAUAUAAAAUAAAUUGUUGAUAUAUAUGGAAUUCAUAACUUAAAUAUAGUUCAAGUACCAAUUAAGAAUUGUAAAUAACUGUCUGUAUAUUGCUUAUAAACUAUUUACACAAAGGGACAAAAUUGCAAAUAAUUUUUAGGUAGUCUUUUUAUAAGUUUAUCUUAUUCACAAGUCAGUAUUAUCUUUGUGCACUUUGCCAUGUCUAUGAAUUUCUCUUCAACAUACUAUUUUGUAUUUAAGACUAGCAAAAUAUUUUUUCCAUGGUUACCCAUUUAACAUUUACAUUGAAAAAAUUCUCUUCUUUUACUUGCUUAGGUAAAAUUUUAAUUUUCCAUAUAUGUAGUUAUAUCACAAUACAAGGAAAUAAUAUAGUUAUAGUCUAGACAUCUUUUCAAAACUGAUAGCCCAAAAAAAAAGGUUAAAUGCAUAGAAUAUUUUUUUUAUCAGGUAAUAAAACGUAAACGCUAUGUAAAAACUUGUAAAACUGUGGAAAAACUUACUUUGGAAAUUGAUAAAUAGUCACUUGAAUUUGACACUUAUGUGAUUGAAGCGUUUUGUUAAUUGUUCAACAAGAUAUAAGGGGAUGUACAUUUAAAAGUUGUCAUUUUGUAUGGCACAGCUGAUCGCUGGUAUUAUCUAUCAUCAUAUUCAUGUUAGUUAAAUUAAGACUAUAAAAAUAUGUCAUAUAUGUCAGUGUUAUCCUAACAAGGAUUACUGUCCCACCUAGGAAGAACUUUUUUGGUGUAAGCCACAGUAAAUGGAAAUCAAAUAGACAGUAUGUCGAAGAAUGUGACCCAGCAUUGUCCUCUGCAAUAACAUAGUAUGUACUCUUCUACAUUCUCCUCAUAAGAUCCGUAUAAGAGCAAGAGUUCUGCAACCAUGAACGUUAAGGAUCUCAAAAUUCAUUCCUAUACAGCGUACUACAUACCAAUUUAAUGAUUUUAUGCAAAUUAUAAGAUUUUUAUGCAUGAAAAAUUUAAAACACAUCAUACAAAUGUAAAGUUUUGACUAAUGACAAAAGUUUUCAUAAGGAAACGCUUAGCCCGCAAGGGUCAUACAACACAUGAAGAAUGAGAGGUAAUCAGGUUCACUCAGAAAAGUAAUAGCUCCAAUUCCGUAAAUCAAGAGCCCUUCGCCAGCAUCAAAGCACCCCAGCCCCUCCCACCUUGAUCUUCUUAAAUUUUAAAAAUGUAUCAAAUUUAUUUUAUAUAGAGCUAUUUUACAUUGCAUACUACUGUAUUUCAUAUCUAAGUUAGUUUAAUAUGUUUAUUAUGCACCCCAUACCCAUCCUGUGGGCGGUAGUCAAAAGAUUACAGAGGUACAUAAUUGGUCCAGGGACUGGACUCCAAAGUUUUGAUAGCUGAGCAAGUUACAGAGGUAAUGAAUUCACAAUUUACAAAGGUAAUGAACUCACAGUUUACAAAGGUAAUGAACUCCAGGUAGGUCUAGUCACAAUCAUGACAAGUUGCAAAGGUAUUUACAGAUUGCAGAGGUACGUAAUGGGUCCAGGGACUGGGCCCCAAAGUUUUGAUGGCUGAACUAGGUACAAGGUAAUGAACUCACAAGUUACAAAGGUAAUGAAUUCUGUAAGAAUGGUUACUUACGUUUAUACACGGCUACAAUCAUGAACAAAUUAUAGAGUAAUGAGCAAUUCACACUUCCACACCCGGUCACAACUGUAGUGAGUUAUUGGUGCAAAUAUUGAUUGUUGAGACACACACACACACACAUACAAAUUCAUACACACACACACACACACACACACACACACAUAAACACACACACACAAACUCAUACACACAUGCACACACUCAUACACACACACACACACACUCAUACACACACACACACACACUCAUACACACACACUCAUAUACACAUAUACACUCAUACACAUACACACGCACACAAACACACACACACACACACACACACACACACACACACACACAGGAGCUUGGACUCUACCCUGCAAUCUCAACUAGGUGAGUGCACACACAUAGACACACACACACACACACACACGGGGAAGGGAGAGAGAGGACCUAGUAGCAAUCAGCGAAGAGGCGGGGCCAGGAGCUGUGACUCGACCCCUGCAACCACAAAUAGGUGAGUACACACACACACACAUGCACACAUAUGGUAAUGCUUUAUUUACAGCUAGCAAAGUCAGGGUAUUUCUCCAGAAUGGUCUGCAAUAUACCACUGUGGAUAAAGUACUUUGCCAUUUCUUGAACAUUUCUGAGUGAAUUGUUUCUAAAUUCAUUAAUUUUAUCACACUCCAGUACAUAAUGACGCAGGGUGUGACAAUAGUCCAUUUGGCAAAGUUUACAUUUCGUUUGGUCUACAUCUGGUGGUGGUGAUUUAACCUGCCAAAGAUACUUGUAACCCAGCCGGAGCCGGGCAGUAGUGACAUCCAAGAGUCUGCUUAUUUUGUUGGAUGCACCGUAGACAUGUGGCUCCUCCUGCAUGAUAGAAUGAUGAUAGAUGGACUCACUGGUGUCAAUCUCCCUGAGCCUUAAGUCCAUAAAAUUCAGUCGAAGUUCUUUUCGUAUUAUUGUUCUCAAACUACUACCUGACAAGCCAAAAUUGUAAUCUACUCCCUCUUUGAAAGCAUACAGCAUAGCCAAUUUAUCAGUUCUAUCAUGCAUCAGAAGACCAAUGUGAGAUGGAAUCCACAGCAUGUGCACUCUGACUCCGCUGUCCACAAUCCUACCAUACCUGUGUCUGGCUUCUGACACAAGCAUGCCACAAUUUAUGCUUAAUGAGUUGAGAGCAUUUAUGGAUGACAGAGAAUCAGUUACAAUUAAACUGUCAAUCUUUGAUACAUAGAUGCAUUUCAGUGCAAGGAGUCACACAGCACACACCUCGCAAAUUAUUUACGCUGAUGGUUCUGUUCAUAUCUAAGAGAAUUGCUAAUUCUCAAUAAGAAAAAAAUACCCACACUGUGUAGAAAUGGACACAACGAAAUUGAUAAAAAAUUUAAACAUAAUGCUUAUGUUAACAUUAGCAUUUAAUUAAAUUUACAAGUAACUCAUCUGCGAUUUGAUAACUGUUCUUAACAGACUGAAACUUGUCUAGGUUUCUUUUUGUGGGUAACUUGUGACUUGUUCUAGCAAUUGUAUUGUUACACAUUCUUCAUCAGCAAUGACACGGUGCUAAAGAUUAAACAGACAUUAAAUGUUUAUUCAGCGUCAUGCUGUAUGACCCUUGUGGGUUUAGCACUUAGUUUUAACUGUAAAAAUACAAUGUUCAUCGUUUCAUCAGCCUUUAACACAUAUGAGAACUGGAAUAGCUAAUUACAUUAUUAUGAACUUUGAUUAGUCCGUUGUUUAGUGGAAUUUCCUCAUCGUUAAAUCAAUUAUAUUUUCAUCCCUUACAAAGUUUCCACAACACUUAAUAAAUAAACCGUUUUGUGAAUACACUAAAUAAUCAUUAUCCAGUUUUAGUCACAACUGUUUAUAUGUUAUUUCAACUUUUUUCUUCAUGAAGACAUUGAUAUUGUUUGACAUCUGACUGAUCUGAAGAUUGUUAUACGAGGCUGUUCAUUUAAAUGAGAAUAAGAGCAUAGGACAAUAGGUAUAUUGACUAUUUUGGUAUUAUCAGAUGGGAGUACAAGCUAAUUUGGCUCAAAGCCUGUCCAGUGCAAGAGUCAUUAAGGCUGUACAUCAAAGUAACUUUAAUCCCAACAUACACACAUCAUUUUUAUACAUGCCUUGACAAGUCUGCAGAAAGUGCAGUGAUAAUGGGACUGUGUUUAUAUAUGAGAUGGAUUAUGUUUACUUAAGAAUACAACUUCUGUAUACAGUAUAUGCAAUACGUACCUCGGUAUGUACACUAACAUUGUGAAUAUAUUUUGAUAUGUCUACAGUAAAAAGGAUGUUAGCACGUGGAACUGUAACAGGAGUUAACUCACAUAAGGACAAAGAUAAGAUAAAAAGUUAUUCUGCAUAUUUCAACUUCGUCAGAGAGCCUUAGACCAAGGUCGAAAUGUACUGAACUCUUCCUUGCCCGUGUCUCCAUGGGGUUGAUUUUUACUUUUGAUAGUGUUCAUGAUACUUAGAUGCUCCACGAUGUGGAACUGUGUUUAGUAGCCUAAUAUGACAGAAACUGAAAUGUAUAUAUUUUCUCAUUAUGUCCAACAGUUGGUCCUUUAAAAUCAAUAUAACUCACUCUGUAUGUGCAACGAGUGUCACCUGACACGGUCCUGAGCAUUAUCUUAUACAAAAUGUAAUCCAGUAUUGCUGUACAAAUAAAAAAAAACUUAU